CUUUUACUCCAUCGGAACAUUAGUAUAUGGACACCGUACGAGGGGAGAUAAGUUGAACAGGUUCUCGGAAUUGAGUCAAGAUGCCUGUCUAUAAUUUGUAUAUCUUCGACAGAUAUGGAACAUGUUUGUAUUAUUCAGAAUGGAAUCGCAGAAAGCACCCUGGCAUGAGCAAAGAAGAGGAAUACAAACUUAUGUUUGGCAUGAUGUUUUCCAUAAAAUCUUUCAUUCACAGGAUAUCACCAUCAGACAUGAAAGACGGCUUUCUCAAUUUUAAGACCAAUGUUUACAAACUUCAUUUCUAUGAGACACCUAGUGGCAUCAAAGUGAUUAUGUUGACUGAUUUGAAUGUUGGAAACAUUCGGGACAUUCUGCAUCAAAUCUAUAGUUCACUCUAUGUUGAAUAUGUUGUUAAGAAUCCAUUGUGUCUACUUAACAAGCCAAUAACCAGUGAACUGUUCAAAACCAAAGUGGAUGAAUUUGUGCAAGGACUAAGUAUAUAUGCUAAGGUUUAAAUAUAUAUUUAUAAAAUUUAAUGAAAUCUAUGCAAUGAUAUGUGUUGCCAAAUGUUGUAAAAAUUAAAGUAGUUGUAUACUAUUAAAGAUAUUUCAUUAAAUAUAUACAAUAGUAUUUUGGUAUUCUGUAUAUAUGUUCUUUCUUUUUCUUUUUGUGAGUACUAAGUAGAAUGUUUCUUUUGGAAAUUAAAAAAAAAAAAGAAAAUUAUACUACUUUAACAACUUCUUGGUUAUUUAUAAUUCAACCACCACAUUUGUUUAACAUUGUAUUUUUACGAUAAUACAUAUACCCUUUACUAUAUAAUACAUUUUACCAGAAACAAAUGAUUAAAAUAAAGAUAAAUUAUUGAAAACAA